UAACGGCGAAUGAGAAUAAGAAAAUGAAGGAAGAAUCGUCCCCAAAAUUCUUAGGGUCAGUUUGAAAAGUGUGCGUCGCGUCGCUUUUAAUCUCCUUUCUAGAACACCUCCGUCGCUUUCUCUGCUCCGCCUUCCAAUUACAUCAAUUUAUUUAAAUUCGUCUCUGGAAGGAGUAUAAUCGGUGCGAGAAUAUAUAUACAUAUAUAUAUGAUGGCCGAUCGCCGCCGCCUCAGAUGACGGAAUCCAUGGACAACCACCGCGUCUUCCUCUUCGGAUUCUACUGUUGGGGCUGGGAAUUCCUAACCGCGCUCCUCCUCUUCAGUUGCUACUGAUCGAUUCGAUUGUUUUGGUUCUUCGCUUUAUUUUUUUAGGUUAAAUUUAGGUUUUCAAAUUUUAUUUGGGGAUUUGGCGAUAGGAUGGCGCAGAGGUCGGCUCCGGCGCCGUUUCUGAUGAAGACGUAUCAUCUGGUCGACGAUCCGGCGAUCGACGACGUGAUCUCGUGGAACGACGACGGCGCGGCGUUCGUCGUCUGGAAAACGGCGGAUUUCGCAAAGGAUUUGCUGCCGAAAUACUUCAAACACAACAAUUUCUCCAGCUUCGUCCGCCAGCUCAACACCUACGGCUUUCGGAAGACGGUGCCGAACAAAUGGGAAUUCGCCAACGAAAACUUCCGGCGAGGGCAGAAGGAGCUCCUGCUACUGAUCCGGCGUCGGAAAACACAGAAUCCAACACCCAAUCAGAAUUCUCUUCCAGAAACCUCCGGCGAAGAGUUGGGGUCGAGCUCGACCUCGUCUCCGACCCGAAGCCCAAUAGGAGCAGUGCAGCAGGCGCAAAUCGCCGACCUCUCCGGCGAGAACGAGAAGCUGAGGCAAGACAACGAGAUGCUGAGCUCAGAGAUCGCCGGAAUGAAGAAACAGUGCGAUGAACUGAUUGAGUUUUUGACUCAGUGCUUGAAGGUGGCGCCGGAGAAGAUCAGCCACAUCAUGAACUUUGAUGGGGCGGGGGCAGCUGCCGGAGAUGAUGACGAAAAAGACAAGUGUAUGAAGUUAUUUGGAGUGGUGGUGAAGAAGAAGAGAAAGGAGUGUAGUGUGGUCUCUGAUUUCCCAAAGAAGGAAGUGAAGAGAAGCGUGGAGGACGACGGCGGCGGCGGUAGGUGGAUGACGGUCGCCGCCGCUGCCGGAGAGAGCGGCGGCGGAGUUUGUCAUUGACCAUUGCCUGCACGCCACGUGGCGGGUGGAAAAGAGGGAAGAUCAAAUGGGUUUUCCUUCCAAUCGCCAUUGGUGUUUUAUUCUUUUUUUUAUUAUUUAUACAGAAUUCAAAAGUCACAUUCGUCCAUUUCUUGUUUCCCACCAAAUAUUUUACAUUAGCCAAAGUUUGAGUUCUUUUUCUUAAUAAUUCUAAGUACUUAAAUAAAUUUAAUAGAUACUCUGUCUAAAUAUUUUUCUAUUUUCUCUAAUAC